AAGAAGAAGAAGAAACAUGGCUGCCCCCGUGGAUGACCAUAUGUUUUCCCUCUGUGUGGACCCAUGUAAAACCAACAGCAGCGUUGAAGUCAGGUUUAUAGACAACAUAAAGGGUAAAGGUCUGUUUGCGAAAAGAAGCAUCAAGAAAGGAGAAACCAUUUUCAUUGAGCGGCCUCUGGUUUCUGCACAGUUUCUGUGGAAUUCUUUGUAUAAUUACAAAGCCUGUGAGUAUUGCUUACGUGCUCUGGAGACGGCAGAAGAAAAUGCCAGGAGACUCAGCGGCAACCCUGCACUCAGCCUUCCUCAUCCUGAGCUGUGCCGCGUCCGCCCCGAGCUUCAUCAAGUCUGCCCUCAGUGCCAGGUGAUGUACUGCAGCAGCGAGUGUCGGCAGGCCGCUGCAGAUCAGUACCAUCGAGUUUUGUGCCUGGGUCCUUCUGAGUCAGAUCCAGACCACCCCAUCAACAAGCUCAAAGAUGCAUGGAGGAGCGUUCAUUAUCCACCAGAGACGUCCAGCAUCAUGCUUAUGGCCAAAAUGGUGGCUGUGGUCAAACAGGCCAAAGAUAAAACACGCUGGCAGAGGCUGUUUUCUCUCUUCUGCAGUCGGACGGCCAAUGAGGAGGAGGAGAUAGCCCAUAAGCUUCUGGGAGAGAAGUUCAGGGGGCAGCUAGGCUUGUUGCACAGCCUUUUUAAAGCAGCACUUUAUGAUGACCAUCUCAGUCGGUGGUUUGUGCCGGAGGGUUUCCGCUCUCUGUUUGCUUUGGUGGGAACAAACGGCCAAGGGAUCGGUACCAGUUCUCUAAGUCAGUGGGUUCAUGCCUGUGAUGCACUUGAGCUUCCCGACCAGCAGAGGGAGCAGUUGGACUCCUUUAUUGACCAGUUAUACAAGGACAUUGACAAAGAAACGGGAGAGUUUUUGAACUGCGAGGGAUCUGGACUUUAUUUGCUGCAAAGCUCGUGUAAUCACAGCUGCAUCCCAAAUGCGGAGGCAUCCUUCCCAGAUAACAACUUCCUGCUUCACCUCAACGCCCUCAGUGACAUCAGCCCAGGACAGGAGAUCUGCAUCAGUUACUUGGAUUUCUGUCAGCGGGACAGAAGCAGACACAGCAGGCACAAGAUCUUGAGGGAGAACUACCUUUUUGUCUGCUCAUGUUCAAAGUGCAUGUCUCAGAUGGAUGAGCCGGACGUCACAUCUGAGGAGGAGGAGGGCGAAGCAGAGGGUGAAACGGAAGGGGACGAAAUGGAAGACGAGAUGACUGAUGUUUGAUGAAAGACUCGGCCAUAUUGUUCUUAAUUGUUUCCUUCGCUCUGAGGCCAAAAAGAAUAAAGACCAGCUAAGACUGUGAUCCGCAUGUCCAGGAGUGUGAAGCGAUAAUGAUGCAUUUCAGUUUUUAUUUUAAACAUCAGUAGCCAAUUAUUUCAGUGCAACUUAACGGCAGUGCAAAUAUUCUGACUUUGGGUGAUUUAACCCAAGAUAAACGUAAAAUAUCUAAAGUUUUUGUUUAGAUAGAUUUUUUUUGCAUGGUUUGGCAAGCACUGAUGUGCUUUUAGGCAGAAGGGGAACAAAAUCCGCAAGCUGUAAUUUUUAUGGUCAGCAGGAGGGCAGAAAUGUUGUGCUCAAAAGUCUUUAUAAAGCUCUCUUAAUGCUUUAUUCAAGCAUUUUUGUUCCCUUUUGUAGUAAAAUGUCACAUAAAAAACAUAUUUUAGAUGUCUUUUAAAAGGACAUUUAAAGUUAAACAUUAAGCAGGUCAUUAUCUAAUCAGCAGGUCAUUAUCUAGAGCUGCAUGAGGCAUUUCAAUUUAUUUUCUACUCCUGAGCUUUAAAUUAGCUUUUUAUUGGCAGUUCUUAAAUAGUGUUCUUAGUGAUCAAUUUGAAAUAAAAUUCAUUGGUGAUUUCUGAUCCAAGCCAUCAAAAUUAUACAUAUGUAAUGUGUACAGAAAGUAUUCAUAUCCAUUUAGAAUUGUCACUUUGUUUCAUUGCAGCCAUUUCCUAAAAUCAAUAAAGUUCUUUUUAUUUCUCAUUAAUGUACGCUCAGCACUCCAUCUUAAAAGAAGAAAACAGAAAUCUAGAAUUUUUUGCUAAUUAUAAAAAGGACAACUGAAAUAUCAAAUGGUCAUAAAUAUUCAGACCUUUUGCUGUGAGACUCGUAUAUAUUUAACACAUGCUGUCCAUUUCUUCUGAUCCUCCUUGAGAUGGUUCUGCUCCUUCAUUGGAGUCCAGCUGUGUUUAAUUAAACUGAUUGGACUUGAUUAGGAAAGGCCCACUCCUGUCUAAAUAAGACCUUACAACUCACAGUGCAUGUCAGAACAAAUGGGAAUAAUGAGUUCGAAGGAACUGCCCAAGGAGCUCAGAGACAGAAUUGUGGCAAGACCCAGAUCUGGCCAAGGUUACAAAAUAAUUUCCACAGCACUCAAGGUUCCUAAGAGCACAUUUGCCUCCAUAAUCCUUAAAUGGAAGAUGUUUGGGACGACCAGAACUCUUCCUAGACCUGGCUGUCCAGCCGAACUGAGCAAUAGUGGGGGAAGAGCCAUGGUGAGAUCGAUAAAGAAAGACCCAAAGAUCACUGUGACUGAGCUCCAGAGAUGCAGGAGAUGGUAGAAAGUUCCACAAGGUCUACUAACACUGCAGCCCUCCAGCAGUCGGGGCUUUAUAGCAGAGUGCAAGGCGAAUGAAAGCCUGCAUAGAGUUUGCCAAAAACACAUAAAGGACUCCCAGGCUAUGAGAAAGAUUUCUCUGAUCUAAUGAGACCAAGAUUAAUAACAGUGAAACAUGGCGGUGGUAGCAUCAUGCUAUGGGGUUGUUUGUCAGCUGCAUGAACGAUGACUGGUUGCAAUGGAAGGAAAGCUGAAUGCUGCGAAGUACAGAUAAAUCCUGGGAGAAAACCUCUUCCGGACUUUAGACUGGGCUGAAGGUUCACCUUCCAACAAGACUAUGACCCUAAGAACUCAGCUAAGAUAACAAGAGAGUGGCAUGGGAACAACCAUUCUUGACUGGCACAGCCAGAGCCCUGACCUAAACCCAAUUGAGCAUCUCUUGAGAGACCUGAAAAUGGCUGCCCACCAACGCUCACCAUCCAACCUGACAGAACUGGAGAGGAUCCCCAAAUCCAGGUGAAAAAUGUGCAUCAUUCCCAAGAAGACUCAUGCCUGUACCUGCUCAAAAGUUAUGUCUACUCAAUACUGAGCAAAGGGUCUGAAUACCUAUGACGAUUUGACAGCUCAGGUUUUCUUUUUUAAUAUAUUUUGUCAAGAUGGGGUGCUGAGUGUACAUUCAUGAGAAAUAAAAUUAACUUUUUUGAUUUUAGCUAAUGGCUGCAAUGAAACAAAUAGUAAAAAUAUAGAGGGGUCUGAACACUUUUACCCCUGUAGAUUGAAAUAUACGUAGAUUAAACAAAAUGUUGAUUCAAAGGUGCUUACUUCCUUUCUGACAUUGAAUUAGACUAAACAUUUCCUGUAUUAGGUAAUUUAUUAUUAUUAAAAUGAUUUUUAUUUGUUAAAUGCCAGAUUGGGAUGUUUUUCAUUUGUACUUUCUUAAAAUAUAUGAACGCUAAGGCUGUUAUACCCUUAAGCUGUUUGGCUACAAGGUAUAUUAAACCGAGAUUAUUAUUUUCAGGGUUUGUAGGCAAAUUCACAAGUUAAAUGGAGGCACACUGGUGGAUUUAUUUACUCUAUCUGCUUGGACUAAAAGCAGGCUUGAGGUGUAAGAUAAAUUUGCAUUCAAGGGCUUUCAUUUUUGGAGAUCUUUCUUAUGGUUUGUUAUAACAAAAAUUAAAGUAAAUGGAAGUAAUAUCCAUUAAUAUUUAAAAGGAUGGAAGCUUGUAACCCUGAGAACCUCACUGCAACUUUAAAGAGAAGGAAGUGUCGUAUGAGGAGGUUUUGCAGAAGGAGGAACUGUUGCACUUGACAAAAUCAAUAGCAUCGAUGAUCUAGUGUGACUCUUUAGAUUUUAUGUUGGAUUCAAAGCUGCCAUCUAUAGCAAAGAGACACAGAUGAAGGUUCCUAAAAUGAGAAAAACUUAAAAAUGGGCAGGGGGAACUUCUAAGUAAAUGGAAACGUUUUACCACCUGGCUUGAUGUGGUUAUGAGUCUUCCUACCUUUUUUUUUUUUUUUUUAGGUUCAGUUUGAAGUGAUGAUUGAUAUUGAGACCAUUGAGAAGUAAAUCCAAACUUCUGACUCAUGUGGCCAGAAACCACACAAAUCAUGCCUGGAAAAUAAAAAGCGUUAAACGUUAAACUGCACUUUCAACCCUUAGACUGUUACGGUAAUAAAUAUCUGCUAUUUGUAUGAUUAACAUUCAAAGUUUUGACUAUCAACAUUAUUCUUUCUCAUGCAGAGUUUUUGGACCUUCAAGUGAAACCUUUUUAACAAAUCUAACAGAUUUGCCUCAGCAGAUUUAUCUGACUUUUGCAUUCCUGAUAAAACCACAGUAAUGACAGAGUAGGCAGUUUGCAGCAGAUGCCGUGUGGUCUCUGUUGAUAGAUCCCUCCAAAUGCAGUGGUUAGGCAUUAAUAAUUAAGUGCUUAGACAUCCCAUUUGUGUUGCUCAUUUUCCAUUUACAGGGACAAAAGCAAUAUUAAGACUCUUAUUCUUAAAAAAAAAAAUGCUGCAUAAAUGUUUAGAUGCUUAUUUUAGAGUACUCAGUUAAUAAUGCUUAUAUCACUUUCUAUUCAUUACUAUGAUUAAGUUCAUUCAGAUCUGUCCCUAUUUUUUUUUUUUUUUAAGUGCUGUCUCAUUCUGGUUUAACUCUGCCAUAAGCUUCAGGUUAUAAAGCUCUGCUAUAGUCAGUGGUUAAUAUGUGAGUGAUUGUUUUUUUUCAUUGGUUUCUAUUGUCACUGUUGGAGGUUUUAUGAUUCCUGCUGUGAGAAAAGCUUAAUAUGCUGUGCAUUGUUGUGAUCCAUUUUCUAUGUUCUAAGAAUUGUUCCUAUUUAUGAAGGAAGUUUUUAUGGUAUCAGCACAGCUUUAAGGCAGAACUGACCAACCACAGUUGUAACCAUGCAGUUAGAAAUUUAACCACAGAUGCUUUUUACUGCUAACCUCUAAAGAAGGCAAAGAACGUUUAGCUUUUGGCUUUUUUUGAGCUUAUUUCAAACCGGCAUUUGCCUCCAGUGUGGUUUUUUGAUUUCAUUAUAAUUCCAACCUUGUGACUCAAAGGCAUAAAGAGAAAUACAGUUUGGUUUUCAUACAAUGAUCUAUGGGUUCCAGUUAAUACUCAUGUAAUGUAUUAUGGAAACCUUGAGUGGAAAAUUGCUUUGUCAGUUACUGUUUGGCCUUUUAUUGAAAGCUGUAUUUCUUGGUUCUGCAUGAGUGAAAAGACUGCCGUCGCCUCCUGCCGAGCAAUAUUUCAACAAUGGAUGUAAUCACCAAUUCCAACAAUUCAUGCAGCUGAAGAAAGAUCUGAAAUGUUUGAAUAAAUCCUUCUCAAUGUGCGCUGGCCUCAUUCAGCUGGA